AUGCGGGAACAGGGCGGCAUCGGUACAAGGAAACCCAGGCCUGGAGAAGCCCGGUUGCCUAUCCAGAGUUAUGCGGCCGAGAACUGGCGUCAGGACGCUCUGCUGACCCUGUUUUUCUCUCUCUCCAGGACCAUCAAGAACUCAGGACUUCGGAGCAUCCAGCCCAGAGCCUUUGCCAAGAACCCUCACUUGCGCUAUAUAAACCUGUCGAGUAACCGGCUUACCACACUCUCAUGGCAGCUCUUCCAGACGCUGAGUCUUCGGGAAUUGAGGUUGGAGCAGAACUUCUUCAACUGCAGCUGUGACAUCCGCUGGAUGCAGCUGUGGCAGGAGCAGGGGGAGGCCAAGCUCAGCAGCCAGCACCUCUACUGCAUCAACGCGGACGGCUCCCAGCUGCCCCUCUUCCGCAUGAACAUCAGCCAGUGUGACCUUCCUGAGAUCAGCGUGAGCCACGUCAACCUGACCGUACGAGAGGGUGACAAUGCCGUCAUCACUUGUAAUGGCUCUGGAUCACCGCUGCCUGACGUAGACUGGAUAGUCACUGGCCUGCAGUCCAUCAACACCCACCAGACCAAUCUGAACUGGACCAAUGUGCACGCCAUCAACCUGACCCUGGUGAACGUGACAAGUGAGGACAACGGCUUCACCCUGACGUGCAUCGCGGAGAACGUGGUGGGCAUGAGCAAUGCCAGCGUCGCCCUCACCGUGCACUACCCUCCGCGCGUGGUGAGCCUGGAGGAGCCAGAGCUGCGCCUGGAGCACUGCAUCGAGUUCGUGGUGCGUGGCAACCCACCGCCCACGCUGCACUGGCUGCACAACGGGCAGCCGCUGCGUGAGUCCAAGAUCACCCACGUGGAGUACUACCAGGAGGGCGAGGUGUCUGAGGGCUGCCUGCUCUUCAACAAGCCCACCCACUACAACAACGGCAACUACACCCUUAUCGCCAAAAACCCGCUGGGCACGGCCAACCAGACCAUCAACGGCCACUUCCUCAAGGAGCCCUUCCCAGAGAGCACGGAUAACUUUGUCUCUAUCUACGAUGUGAGCCCCACGCCCAUCACUGUGACCCACAAACCGGAGGAAGACACUUUUGGGGUAUCCAUAGCUGUUGGACUUGCUGCUUUUGCCUGCGUCCUGUUGGUGGUUCUCUUCAUCAUGAUCAACAAGUACGGUCGACGGUCCAAAUUUGGAAUGAAGGGCCCCGUGGCUGUCAUCAGCGGCGAGGAGGACUCAGCCAGCCCGCUGCACCACAUCAACCAUGGCAUCACCACACCCUCGUCGUUGGACGCUGGGCCAGACACGGUGGUCAUCGGCAUGACCCGGAUCCCAGUCAUUGAGAACCCCCAGUACUUCCGUCAGGGACACAACUGCCACAAGCCAGACACGUACGUGCAGCACAUUAAGAGGAGGGACAUCGUGUUGAAGCGGGAACUGGGCGAGGGAGCCUUUGGCAAGGUCUUCCUGGCCGAAUGCUACAACCUCAGCCCGACCAAGGACAAGAUGCUCGUGGCCGUGAAGGCCCUGAAGGAUCCCACCCUGGCUGCCCGGAAGGAUUUCCAGAGGGAGGCUGAGUUGCUCACCAACCUGCAGCACGAGCACAUUGUCAAAUUCUAUGGUGUGUGUGGCGACGGUGACCCGCUCAUCAUGGUCUUUGAGUACAUGAAGCACGGAGACCUCAACAAGUUCCUCAGGGCCCAUGGGCCAGAUGCUAUGAUCCUUGUGGACGGGCAGCCACGCCAGGCAAAAGGCGAGCUGGGUCUCUCCCAAAUGCUCCACAUCGCCAGCCAGAUUGCCUCAGGCAUGGUGUACCUGGCCUCCCAGCACUUUGUGCACCGGGACCUGGCCACCAGGAAUUGCCUGGUUGGAGCCAAUCUGCUGGUGAAGAUCGGGGACUUCGGCAUGUCCAGAGAUGUCUACAGCACCGAUUACUACAGGGAAGGGCCAUGCCAGAAGGGCCCGAUCAGCGUGUCAUGGCAGCGACAGAGGCUAGCAGCACCGGCAGCUUCCACACUCUUUAAUCCAUCUGGAAAUGAUUUUUGUAUAUGGUGUGAGGUGGGAGGACACACCAUGCUCCCCAUCCGUUGGAUGCCCCCUGAAAGCAUCAUGUACCGGAAGUUCACUACGGAGAGCGAUGUGUGGAGCUUUGGGGUGAUCCUGUGGGAGAUCUUCACCUACGGAAAGCAGCCGUGGUUCCAGCUCUCAAACACAGAGGUACAGAAGGGGGUAGAUGGGAACCUCGAUUUGGGUGAAGGCUGA